ACAGUUUAGUUUUAACACUCUCACCAAAGUAUCUUGUAUCCCACAGAUACCCGUGUCGUAUACAAGUGCGCUUUUUUCUACAGCGGGUAGUUUUCGUUUUUCGUUCGUUAUUUGCUCAAGAAAAUUAAAACAAAAUUUUAACAAAUAAUAUAAAAAAUUUGAUAGUGGAUUGAAUGAAUGUUUUUUUUUUUCGACUGGUUACGUUUCGUUGUAUCUUUUUUAUUGUUGUGUUCACGCAAAGAAGAGAAUCGAAAAAAUAAACCUUUUAAAGAAAAUUAAAAAAGAAAUCUAAAAUAAACGAGCGUGUGUGUUAGCAGUUUGCAAACACAGAAAGUUAUUGGAGGAAUAAGAAAGUGAAAUAAAAUGUUUAAAAUAGCCAAACCACCAAUGAGUCAAAGUGCUGGACAACAUCAGCAGCAUGUACAGCAGCGUACACCCAAAACCACGCCUCUAGUCGAUGACUAUGAAAUUUCUAAUACAGUAUUGGGUCUGGGUAUAAAUGGAAAAGUUGUUGAAUGUACAAAUCGUAAAACAAAUCAAAAAUAUGCAUUAAAGGUUUUAUUGGACAGUCCUAAAGCGAGACGUGAAGUUGACCUACAUUGGCGUGUCAGUAGCUGUCGUCAUAUUGUCAAUAUUGCCGAUGUCUAUGAGAAUACAUAUGCUGGUAAUAAAUGUCUCUUAGUCGUUAUGGAAUGUAUGGAGGGUGGUGAACUUUUUCAACGUAUACAAGAUAAUGCAGAUGGUGCAUUUACCGAAAGAGAGGCUGCUCAAAUAAUGCAUGAAAUCUGUGUGGCCGUACAUUUUCUGCAUAGUCGUGAUAUUGCUCAUCGUGAUUUGAAACCUGAAAAUUUAUUAUAUACAUCGCCACAUCCAAAUGCUAUUUUAAAAUUAACAGAUUUUGGCUUUGCCAAAGAAACCCUUAUUAAGGAUACCCUACAAACGCCAUGCUAUACACCAUAUUAUGUUGCUCCUGAAGUUUUGGGUCCCGAGAAAUACGACAAAAGUUGUGACAUUUGGUCUUUAGGCGUUAUCAUGUACAUUUUACUUUGUGGCUUUCCACCAUUCUACAGUAAUAACGGUCUGGCCAUAUCGCCGGGCAUGAAAAAACGCAUACGUACCGGUCAAUAUGAUUUUCCCAAUCCAGAAUGGAAAAAUGUCAGCCAAUCGGCCAAGGACUUAAUUAAAGGCAUGUUAAAUGUAGAUCCCAGUAAACGUUUGACCAUCGAAGAAGUAAUGCGUAAUAAAUGGAUUGCCCAGUAUAUGGAAGUACCAAUGACACCACUGUGUACAGGACGUAUGCUUAAAGAGGGUGAAGAAACAUGGCCUGAAGUGCAAGAAGAAAUGACCAGAUCCUUGGCAACAAUGAGAGUUGAUUAUGAUCAGAUGCACAUCAAGGCCUUGGAUAAGUCAAAUAAUGCUUUAUUAAGUAAAAGACGAAAAAAGAUUGAGGAAAUUGCUGCUGCUCAGAAAAAGUAGAAAGUGAACAACCGAAGUAGAAGAAAGCCUCAAUUAUAAAUUAUAAACACUUUAACAAUAAUUUGACUUAAAAGUAAAAGUCUGCCCCAGAAAAAAACAGACAAAUUUUUAAAGAAAUGAAAAGGACAACAAAUGUUAAGGAAUGACGUUUGUUUAUUUUUUAAAAACAACAAUUAAAUUUUUAUUUGUUAAUUUGUAUACCUUUGCUAUAAAGGAUUUUACAAAUUCAUAUUUUAAUUAUUUACACUGGAAAAAUGUUUAUUUCGUUUUUAUGCAAAAUAUUUGCUUAUUUUUUUUUAAAUUUUAUAACUCAGUUGUUUUUUGUUUAAAUAAACUUAUUCUUUACUAUGUAAAAGCUUAAAAAACAAAAAACUCUUGAGAAAAACAAUGUGACGAUAAAACGAAAUUACUUAAACAAAGAUUAUUACAUAAAAAAAUUAAAUAUAUUAAUAUUAACAAAAUGCGAGUAAAAACAUACUAAUAAUAUGUUAAAACUUUAAGUCAAUAAAUAAUUUAAAUACAUGCAUAAUUAUAUUAAAAAUAAUAAAAAAGUUAACAUUGCUCUAUAUAUAUUAUACAAACAAACAUAUAAAUGUAAACAUUAUAUACAACAAAAAAAGUUAAAAACAAAAACAAAUAAUUAUUAAAAUAACUACACUGCAAGAAACUGUUGUUAAGGUGAAAACUAUGAAAAAACAAAAACUUAAUAAUAUACGCUCUAGGUAUUCAUUUUACUAAUAAAUUCUUUUUAGUUUAUAGAGGUUUAUAAAAACGCAUUCAAAACAAAA